CAUCUCCACAUUGUGCUGCUGGGUCAGUGGGGGCUGUGCAGAUCUGGGAUGGAAGCAGAAGAGACCUCAGCCCCCUUUUUCCUAAGCUCAGUGUUCAUCGUGUGUGCAACUCCUGCUAGGAUGCACUGUCAUCUCUAAGCAGCUCAUGCAGGUUAGGUAACACAGCCCUGUUGACAAAUGCAGGGACCUCCAAAGCGGAACUUCUUACUAAAGGAAGAUGCACGAGAGAAGCAAAAAUAGAUAUGGCGAUUGUUUCAUAUCCUGUGCCACUGGGGAGGCUGUGGCCACCGCAUUGUUCCAUCAUGCGACCGUGCUGCGAUCAGCUCCUUCUCAGGGGGAAAUUCCACCGUUCUACGCAAGCAGCUGCCCGGAGCCACACACCCUAUAAAUUGGGCAGUUGCUGAAUGUCUCAGCAUCACAGAGAAGAGAGACCUCCGAGCUCCACUUGCACUCUCCAGCUCCUGCCACCACUCCCAUCUGACAUGAAGGUCUCUGUGGCUGCCCUCGCCGUUCUCCUCAUUGCCAUCUGCUACCAGACUUCUGCUGCACCAGUGGGUUCCGACCCGCCGACCUCCUGCUGCUUCACCUACAUCUCCCGGCAGAUGCCCUUCAACUUUGUGGCAGACUACUACGAGACCAACAGCCAGUGCCCUCGUGCUGGUGUUGUGUUCAUCACCAAGAAGGGCCGCGAGGUCUGCGCCAACCCUGAGAACGACUGGGUGCAGGACUACAUGAACAAGCUGGAACUGAACUGAUGCGCCAGGAUGGGAUGAGCAAGCAAUGGCCGGUUGCAGGCCCUGCCAGAAACGCAACCGUGACAUUGAGAGCUGCCCAAGAGACUGAAAAUGUCCCCGAAUCUGCUUUACUAUUUAUAUAUUAAUUGUUCAUAAUGGAAGGGAGCAGGUGAAAUAAUACCACUCCAACCAAAUUGGAAGAUUAUUUAACAGAUAUAUAUUUUUUUAAAUUAAGAGUUAUGUUUGGAUUAUGUUUUCUGUAUUUAAUGAAUUGUAUUUUUGAUAUAAUAUUUAAUUCAAAC